AUCGAUAAGUCCGCGGGUCACACUGAAGCCUAGCCAUUCAGAAAAAAUGGUCUCACAAAUUAUUCUGCCGCGACAAUGAAAACAACAAAAAAGCAGUGCCGAUUUUGUUCCUGAAUUCUGAGAUCCGUUGAUAAAUUAAAAAAAAUAUAUAUUCGACAUAUGAAUGAAUAAUCAACGCCGCUAGUCAAACAGUUUAUUACAAGUGAAUCGUCGUCGGUUUUUUGUCGUCACGCCUGCAUAUUAUUGUUAAAAACAAAACGAAAAACGUCUUAGAAUAGCGUUCUGCGAAUGUUUAUGCCAUUUGUUGAAACAAUCGAAAUCAAAGGCCGCGAGCGCGCGAGAUGCGGAAGAGCCAAACGGCGGCAACCAUUAUUUAUGUGUGCAGCAGCAGCGAAAUAAUCGCCAAAAAUUAAUGAGAAAUAGUACCCCUGCCCCCCGCAGCAAGUGCAUUAAUAGGUUGCCGCACAAAUCAUAUUGCAGUAGAGGUUUAACAAAAAGAUCGUCAAAAUUAAUUUCCGUCGCAUUAAAAUCUUUACCUCAAAACUGGAUUAUAACCGAUCCGUUGACAUUGGCGUGCAGCAGGAAAACAAUUCGGGGGUAACCAACAAAAUGGUGAAACGCACCGACGGCACAGAAUCUCCCAUACUGGCUGAAGACGGUGGCGAUGGCCAUGACAAACCUCGUUUGCGCUACGGAGAACUAGUUAUACUCGGCUACAAUGGCUACUUGCCACAGGGCGAUCGCGGGCGACGACGCUCCAAAUUUGUGCUCCACAAACGGACAGAGGCGAGCGGCGUCAAGCGCUCCAAGCACUACAUCGUCCAGUCGCCACAAACAUCGAAGGCCAUUCUGGAUGCCAAUCAGCAUUCAAUCUCGUACACUCUCUCACGCAACCAGGCGGUUAUCGUCGAGUACAAGGAGGACAUGGAAACGGAUAUGUUUCAGGUGGGACGCUCCUCAGAGUCCCCCAUCGAUUUUGUUGUGAUGGAUACGCUGCCGGGCGAUAAGAAGGACGCCAAGGUGAUGCAGAGCACAAUCUCCCGGUUUGCGUGCCGCAUCCUGGUCAAUCGGUGUGAGCCCGCCAAGUCGAGAAUAUUUGCCGCCGGCUUUGAUUCAAGCAGAAACAUAUUCCUCGGGGAAAAGGCAACCAAGUGGCAGGAUAAUGUGGAAAUCGAUGGCCUGACCACCAACGGUGUGCUGAUCAUGCAUCCCAAAGGAUCCUUUUGUGGCGGCAAUGCCAAGUGCGGCCUCUGGCGUGAGUGUUCCGUGGGUGGGGAUGUCUUUAGCCUACGCGAGUCGCGUUCGGCCCAGCAAAAGGGUCAACCGGUCUAUGACGAAUGCAACAUCCUGCAGGAUGGCACACUUAUUGAUCUCUGCGGUGCCACGCUGCUCUGGCGCUCCGCCGAGGGCUUGCAACACUCGCCGACCAAACACGAUUUGGAGAAACUUAUCGAUGCCAUCAAUGCCGGUCGUCCACAGUGCCCGGUGGGGCUCAACACGCUGGUCAUACCACGCAAAGUAAACAUUAGUGAUCAGGUGAAUCAGCCUUAUGUGUACUUAAACUGCGGCCAUGUGCAGGGUCAUCACGACUGGGGUCAGGAUGAGAACACUGGCGCUCGCCGCUGUCCCAUGUGCCUGGAGCUGGGUCCCGUGGUCACCCUCUGCAUGGGCCUGGAGCCGGCCUUCUAUGUGGACGUGGGGGCCCCAACGUAUGCAUUCAAUCCAUGCGGACACAUGGCGACUGAGAAAACUGUCAAAUACUGGGCUAAUGUUGAGAUACCGCACGGCACCAAUGGCUUUCAGGCUGUUUGUCCAUUCUGUGCGACGCCGUUGGAUGGCGCGACUGGCUACAUUAAAUUAAUAUUCCAGGAUAAUCUAGAUUAAAUAUAAAUAUACAUGAUAAACAAUUGUAUUUACGUCUAUAUAGAUAUUUGUAGUAAUUGAAACGAUGUCCAAGUUUGAAGCAGGCAUUAAAACUAGGCUUUAUUUAUUACCAUUAAUUAAUAUUAACCGGAAACUGAAACCGAAAUCGAAACCGAACCCGAACCCGAUUUCUGCUAACUGAAUUGAAAAGCAGCAAAGCGAAGCAAAAUAUUGUAUUUUGUAUCUGCAUUUGGCUUUGCCUUUGCCUUUGCUGUGACUGCAACUCUGAUUUUUGAUUUGUUUCGAUUGCUGCUGCUCUUUAAUUGCUGGAUUAUGUUUGCCAAACCCCUACCCGCCUACCCGCCUCCCCCUUUGAAUUGCAUGUUCAACUCUGAUGUUUGUAUAAAUUAUUUUGAAUUAAUUCAGGCAGCGAUCGGCGGCAGGCAGACAGGAGAAAGCACUGGGAGCAUAGGAAAAGCAUUUGAAUGUAAAUCGCAGAUAUAUAACGAUCAUUAAUUGUCUAUAAUUGUGUACAAAAACAAAAAAC